CUUGCGUUUUCAGUUUUUCGUUCGGCUGUGUUUUUCGGUUUUCCUUUUCCUACGCGUUUCCCAUACAAUUACAAUGCAAUACCUACUCACAGCAAAGAGUAUGUAAUCACUUGACUAACAGAGUACAUUGGUAAUAAUAUUGAAAAUUGAAAUGAAAAGAUAGAGAUAUUUUACGAAUAAUAGCCGACGAAAGUGGUCGCUGAUGAGUUGCUGACUACUGUUGACCUAAAUAAAAUAAGAUUACGAAGUGACAAAAUAUAAUUACUUACCUAUUUAAUAGAAUCAUUCCGAAUUGUAUUUAAAUCUUAUAACAAUCAUUAUAUCUCGUUGUUGGCUAUCAUUGAAUUGUUAAGUCCAAAGGUGGUGUUAAUAAUAAUGUUGACUAAAUAAAUUAUCACACUUUAUCAAGAUAAUAAUUUAUGAUAAGUGAUACAAGCAUAACAACCUACAGUGGAACUUUAAAUUAAAUUAAAACAUAAAUGAUGGAAUCUUCAAGGAAGAUGGUCUCUGAAGAAGAUUUAAAAGUCUAUUUUCCGGAUUUACCGAGUGGACCGUUGGAUGGAUAUAGAAAGAAAGGGUCCUUUAGUUGGCGCCGCAUGAAACUUGCUUACGACAAUUUGACUACAAUAAAAUUGAAACAUGAUGUCUGGACUUUCAUGGAGACGCAUCCCUUGUUUCAACAUUCAGAUACCUCCCUCACUUUGGACGAAGAAAGGAACCUAGCAGUGAAAAGAAUGUACGCUGUACACAAUGAGAAGUUUACAGAAUUAGCAAAGAUUGUAGAAGAGCCGAGGAUAGUACAAGCCGAAGCAGAGGCAAUGUUUAUGUUCGACAGUUCACUCGCCAUAAAGAAAUCCCUAACUUUCGGCAUGUUUGCAAACACAAUCAGAGGUAGCGGACGACCGCAUCAGUACAAAUUUGUGGAAGAUAACGAACAAGCUAAGAUCGGAGGUUGUUUUGCUUUGACCGAGGUCGCGCAUGGGUCUAACGCGAAAGGAAUGAGGACCACAGCAACUUAUUGCCCAGAAAAGAAACAGUUUAUUAUGCAUUCAGCUGAUUUUGAGGCUGCAAAGUUCUGGGUCGGAUCUUUAGGAAAAUGCUCGACCCACGCAAUAGUUUACGCAAUGCUCAUAUCGAAGGGUACCAACCAUGGCUUACACUCCUUCAUUGUGCCUAUUAGAGACCCGAAGACGUUGAAGCCAUUCCCAGGAGUCAUCGUUGGCGAUAUAGGAGAGAAGAUUGGCUUGAAUGGUGUUGAUAAUGGGUUUGUAAUGUUCAAUAACUACCCAAUCCCUAAGGAGCUAGCUUUGGACAAGUUUGGAGGAGUGGACGACAGCGGAGAAUAUAAGUCACCCUUCAGAGACCCCAGCAAGCGGUUUGGUGCAUCUUUAGGGGCUUUAUCUGGUGGUCGUGUAAUGAUAACGUCCAUAUCAACCAACUACCUUCAGAAGGCGAUAGUGAUUGCGACUCGAUACUCGGCCGUUAGAAAACAAUUCGGGGCUGAAAAUGCGGUUGAGGAAACGCCUGUUUUGGAAUAUCAACAACAGCAAAUUCGUCUACUGCCAUACUUGGCCGCGACGUUUGCGCAAAGAAUAUUCUGCACGUGGUUCGGCACGGUGCUUGUUAACAUUACUGUUGACAACUACGCGGGUAGACAAGAUGACCUCGCAGCGGCGCGCGGUAUAGAAAUGCACGCGUUGUCGUCCGCCGUCAAACCCGUCUGCGGCUGGAUCGCCAGGGAUGGCAUUCAGAACUGCAGGGAGGCUUGCGGGGGGCAUGGCUACUUGAAAGCGGCAGGUAUAGGCGACUUGCGCAAUGAGAACGACGCCAACUGUACCUAUGAAGGGGAGAACAGCCUGCUGUUGCAGCAGAACAGUAACUGGCUGCUAACAGUGUGGCCCAGGCGACACCAGAUCAAGAUAGACCAGGAGUCGCCGCUGGGCUCGCUGCAAUUUUUGGACAAUGUGGACCAGGUGUUGAAGAAAACCUGCCCGUGGAGGACUGUGGAUCAGCUUAUCGACCCUUAUAACUUAACACAGAUGUACAAAUGGCUAACAGCGUACAUGCUACAGACAACCUACGAAAAAGUGUCCAAACUGAAACGCGAGGGUGCCGACAACCUCACAGCCAAGAAUGACUCACAGUCCUACAAUGCUGUCACAUUAUCUGUCAUAUAUGGAGAGAACUACAUUCUAAACCACUUCUACAAAACUGCGAAAUCCUUUGAAGAUGAAGCUUGCAAGAAAGUCCUACUCAAAAUGGUUUCCUUAUAUGGAGCAUUCCUUAUUGAAAAGCAUAUGGCAACUUUGUACAUUGGUGGUUACUUUACAUUGGACCAAGGCUUGCACCUGCGGGAAGGCAUCCUCAAGUUAUGCUCGGAGCUGGUACCGGAGGCGGUAACAUUGGCCGAUACGCUGGCGCCGCCCGACUUCUGCAUGAAAUCCGUACUCGGCAUGUCUGAUGGAGAGGCCUACAAGCACCUACAGAACAGAGUGAUGACGUUCCCCGGCGCUAUGACGAGGCCGGAAUGGUGGCGCGACGUUGUCUACUGGGACUCAUACAUUCCCUCCAAACUAUAAUACGAUCACAUUUUAUCGUCAUCUUAAAUAGUAUAAGCUGAUCAAAUAAGUACAGAGUUCAACCGUAGAUGAUUUUCCUAGCGAUGGGCGAUUGUUGCAAAUAAAAUUAUCAAAUGAAUCGAGCGAUUGAACAAUCGAUUGUCGAUUUAUUUGUCUUCACAAAAACAAUUGAAUAAAAUUGGACAAUCGAAUGUUCAGUUGGGCGAGUCAUUGGAUUGUUUUUUAAACUAUUCGUUACAAAUGCGCAACGCACGAUCUGGAACAAAUAAAUCGUAAAUUUAUACAAUAUGUAUACCUAGAUGUUUAUCUACCAUUCCUUUCGUUAUUCCUUGAAAAAAGGAAAAAUUAAACAUAGGUACUAUUUACUACAGUUUCGUAAUAUAUUGUGCAAUUUGGAUAAAGAACUCAUUUAGGUAUUUACAUUGUCAAAAAGUCUGGAAUAUUGUCGUUCGCCAUCUUGAAAACAUGAUGACGUCACAUCAUUUAAAACAAAGUUGUGUUACGUUAAAAACAGUCUGUAGGAAAAUUUGAUUUUUACUUGGAAUUUUUAAAUCGUCCUAAUAAUAAUUACAUUAUUAUAGUAUAAAGUAAUAAAUAAUAAGGCAACUAUAAUACUGUGUACCUACUGUGAUAGUUUAUAAUAUUUUAGCCUUCUCUUCACUCUCGCUGCGGAACCCGUGAACGCCGCAAAACUAUAGUGUGGAUGUCCGAAGUUUCCGGACAUAGAGACUGUCGGGUGCAUCCAAAAAUCGCUUUAGUGCACCGUUCAGUGCAAUCACUUUAGUUUCCACAAAUGGUUCCGUACCAUCGUCCAAGAAACAAUACUAUUUUUAUAAUUUUCAUGGCGUCCAUUUUGAUUUUUUUUUAUUUUUCAACUCUCUACCUACUCUUAUAACGAUUCACGAGAUACAGCCCGCUGACAGAUGGACGGACGGACGUACAGCGAAGGCUUAGAAAUAGAGUCCCAUUGGCACCCUUCGGGUACGGAGCUCUAAAAACGAAAUCGGAUAUGGAAAGUCGCGAAACAGAAACGCGAAGCCUCAAAACCAUCUUCAAUAUUUCGUGGCGUUUACGACUGUCGCGAUGCGAGUGAAGUGAAGAGCGGGCUUUUAAACGUAUUUUAUAUUUUAUCAAUGUUGAUUUUUUAUUUUUGUGACUGGGAUUAGUUUGUAUAAGUCUAUUAUAAUCGUAUUUGUAAGGUUUAAUGGGAGCAAUAUUGUAAUGUUAUAUUAUUUUAUUUUUAUAAAGAUUUAUUAAUAUACGAUUUUUUGAAACAA